CCCCGCGCGGGGCGCCUCUCGCUGGGCUCCAUGCUGGCGGCCGCCCUCGGGCCCCCCGCCGCCGCCGCGGCGCCCGCCAUGGGGGAGGAGGACUACUACCUGGAGCUGUGCGAGCGGCCGGUGCAGUUCGAGAAGGCGAACCCGGUCAACUGCGUCUUCUUCGACGAGGCCAACAAGCAGGUUUUUGCUGUUCGAUCUGGAGGAGCUACUGGGGUGGUAGUUAAAGGCCCAGAUGAUAGGAAUCCCAUCUCAUUUAGAAUGGAAGACAAAGGAGAAGUGAAGUGCAUUAAGUUUUCGUUAGAAAAUAAGAUAUUGGCUGUUCAGAGGACCUCAAAGACCGUGGAUUUUUCUAAUUUUAUCCCAGAUAGUUCUCAGCUGGAAUACACUCAAGAGUGCAAGACCAAGAAUGCCAACAUUCUAGGAUUCUGCUGGACCAGUUCUACUGAAAUUGUCUUCAUAACAGAUCAAGGCAUCGAAUUUUACCAGGUAUUACCAGAGAAACGGAACCUGAAACUCCUGAAGAGCCAGAAUAUCAAUGUGAACUGGUACAUGUACUGUCCCGAGAGUGCUGUCAUUCUGCUGUCCACCACGGUCCUUGGAAACGUGCUGCAGCCCUUUUAUUUUCGGGCUGGCACUAUGACGAAGCUGCCCAAGUUUGAGAUUGAAUUACCAGCUGCACCCAAGUCAACUAAACUGAACUUUUCCGAGAGAGACAUUGCUAUGGCAAUAAUAUACGGACAGCUCUAUGUUCUCUUCUUGAGGCAUCACUCUCGGACCUCCAAUAGUGCAGGAGCGGAGGUAGUCCUGUAUCAUCUACCACGAGAAGGUGCCUGCAAAAAGAUGCACAUAUUAAAGUUAAACCGGACGGGGAAGUUUGCCCUCAAUGUGGUGGAUAACCUGGUGGUGGUUCAUCAUCAGGAUACAGAGACGUCGGUGAUAUUUGAUAUCAAGUUGAGGGGAGAGUUUGAUGGCACCGUCACCUUCCAUCACCCGGUGCUGCCCGCUCGAUCGAUUCAGCCCUGUCAGAUCCCCGUGGCAGGUCCUGCUCCUGUGACCAGCCACUCUCCUGUCCCGUGUAAACUCUAUUCUUCGUCCUGGAUCGUCUUUCAACCUGACAUCAUUAUCAGUGCGAGCCAAGGUUACCUCUGGAACCUCCAAGUGAAACUGCAGCCCAUAGUAAACCUCUUGCCAGAUAAAGGAAGACUAAUGGACUUUCUCCUCCAGAGGAAGGAAUGCAAGAUGGUCAUCCUGUCUGUCUGUUCACAGAUGUUGAGUGAGUCGGACAGAGCAACACUGCCUGUGGUAGCCACUGUGUUUGACAAACUCAAUCACGAGUAUAAAAAGUACCUGGACGCCGAGCAGAGUUAUACGAUGGCGGUAGAAACGGGGCAGAGCCGGAGCAGUCCACUUCUCAGAAGGCCAGUGCGGACACAAGCUGUGGUUGACCAGUCUGACAUGUACACCCACGUCCUGUCAGCGUUCACAGAAAAGAAGGACAUGCCUCAUAAAUUUGUGAUCGCCGUCCUGAUGGAAUACAUUCGCUCCCUCAACCAGUUUCAGAUCACAGUACAGCAUUACUUGCACGAACUUGUCAUCAAGACGCUCGUCCAGCACAACCUCUUCUCUAUGCUGCAUCAGUUCCUGCAGUACCACGUUCUCAGUGACUCCAAGCCUUUGGCUUGUCUGUUAUUAUCCCUGGAGAGUUUUUAUCCUCCUGCUCAUCAGCUGUCUCUGGACAUGUUGAAGAUGCUGCGAAGCAGACUGAAGACAACAUGCUUUUCUACACUAUAUUCCGGUUUUUUGAACAGCGAAACCAGCGUUUGCGAGGGAACCCUAAUUUCACACCAGGUGAGAAUACAGCAGCAGUGGAGAGACCUGGGGCAACCACAGACUGAGACGGUAGCAGAACACGGCAGCUGGUGGGUGGGAAGCUUAGGAGAAGCCUUUUAUUCAUGAGAACUCCUAGGCUAUUAGCAUUUUUAAAAACAAAAUUUCAGAGGCUGGCCCAGUGGUGUAGCGGUUCAGUUCACACGCUCUGCUUUGGCAGUCUGGGGUUCACCGGUUUGGAUCCUGGGCACGGACCUACUCACUGCUCAUCAAGCCAUGCUUAGGUGGCAUCCCACAUAGAAGGGCUACAAUUCUACAACUAUGGCACACAACCAUGUACUGGGGCUUUGGGGAGAAAAAAAGAGGAAGAUUGGCAACAGAUGUUAGCACAGGGUCAAUCGUCCUCAAAAAAAAAAAAAAAAAUUUCGUAACAGCCCACCUAACCCCUAGCCCAGGCUCUGUGGGGAGUGAAUUCAGUCUGCUGACAGAAUCCAAGUCAUGCCCUGGAACUCACAGUGGGGGUGUGUUUUGGGUAGAGUCAUGCUGGGCACAGCUUAUGCCUGAUAGCUGAUCCUGGAAUGUCCCUUCUGAAGAAUCAGGAACAAGCCAGGAAAUGGUGGCUAAGGGUUAUAAAUGGCCUGGGGCUUAUAAGGCUUCAGUUUCAGGCAGGAAACUGGCUAAUCACUCUCUCCAAAGUUAUGAAAUCUGAAGCACCUCUUCCUCAGGAUAGUGAAGGAACAUGUAACGAUUUCGAGCUUAAUUAAUUUGUGUCAGUGCCAGAUGGCAUUUACUACCAUGGCAGGUCAACUUCUCUCCUCGUCUCACAGCAGACCGAGUCGCUGGGGCCUGUGAAAGUACCUGACCAGUUUUGCAAUGACAUGAGCUGUGUAAAUAAAAAGGACAACUCAAAAGCUUAGGAAAAAAAUAUUUUAUGAAAGAAAAAUAAGUUAAAACCCAGUAUACACAUCUCUUGGUUUCCUCUUUUCGUGGCACAUCUAAUGGAUUAAAUCUGUAUUUUCCUUUAUAGGCGAACACUGUGAAGAACAUGUUGCUUUUUUCAAACAGGUUUUUGGAGACCAAGCUCUAAUGAGGCCUACAACAUUCUGAAAUCACUUGCUAGUUUUUUUAUAUAUAUAAAAAUGUGUACAAAGUUAAUUUAUUGCAUUAAUAAAGCUCUUUAAACAACAAAAUGUUAUAAUAAAGUAUCUACAACAUCCUCAAAUGUUACUAAAAAUAUGGUAUAGAACUUGUGAUGGCUUACUCCUGGAAAAAAAAAAAGAGACCCUUCAUUGACUGGCCUUUAAGAAGUGUCAGUGAGCAGAUGACAUUCACAGCCAUGCUGGUGUCACCUUCCCCUUGCCGAAGACUUAGGGUUUGUUCCUGGAGAACUGGGAGACGCUUAGUGUUCUGGGGUGCCUUCAGAUUUAGUAAUAGUGCUUCAGAAGUCAGACGUGCAUUCCUGAGUUGAAAAGCGCUGUGGCUGAAGCUGCUGCUGUUAAAGAGCCUGAUGUUUGGAAAUAGCCCGUGUUCAGUUUCGCCUUGACAGGGCAGCCACUGUCCAGCAGUACACUGACCAGCCCACGGACAAAGUUCAGAGUCCCCAAACCCCAGAAGAGGGCUAGAAAUUUAGGAGUCGCUCUCGUUCUGUACCUUUGUACUGCUCUUGAGUGGCCAAACUUUUGGCUUUAUUUAUUGAUGGUCCU